GCUUAAUUCAGAAGUCAAGGCGAGACAACCUACCAUCGAGUGCAGCCUGACAAGUCAUACGAAACCACUCGCUUCCAUCCACGGUAUCCCUAUUACUGACAAACGCAUUUCGACGGUGCUCCAAGAUCCAUCCCAAACCGGUCAAAAUCGGCACUCCUUGACCAGAGUCAAAGGAAUAAAUCCUCUGCAGCCAGUCCUAUACUCUUUUUGUCCUUUUUAGGCCCAUCACAGCCAAUCAAAGCUGCUCCACUCUAAACAAUCCAACACAAGCAAGAGCAGGUGUAUAUAGAACCGCCCGCAGCGUAUCAGUUCCCCCAAGCCCAUCCACUAUUUUUUCCUGGAAAAGGAAACCGUUUGAUUUUUCCACGUCUCAACAUCGUUGCUGCUUCGUUUUCAACGACUCUCUUGUAAUUUUCUCUACCCCUAAGAACGUCGUCGUUUGGUCCAUCUUCGUCGUGUCUCCCGAUCCCUAUAUGAUCAUAUCUCCCAUCUAGUAAUGUGUUCAUUUCAAAAUCCUUCUUGAUUGUGUAUUUUUGUGCCAAUUCUAGUAUAAGGGUUUCAUGCAACUCCUGCCCGCUGUGCCCAAUUUAUCGAAACCCUAGGCCCAACCUUCAAAUUUCCUUUUUGGUUUUUAAUUCUGGAAUAUGGGUUUUGAGGUUUCAGAUGAACUGCUGGGUGCUUUUGUGCCAAUUUUGGUUUAUUGGGUUUACUCUGGUAUCUAUAUUCCAUUAGGGUCGUUGGAGAAUUACCGAUUGCAUUCAAAGAAAGAAGAGGAGGACAAGAAUUUGGUUUCAAAGGGCACUGUGGUUAAAGGUGUUAUCCUCCAACAGGUCAUUCAGGCUGUGGUUGCGAUUCUAUUGUUCACUGUCACAGGAGAUGAUAGUGGGGCUGCUGCAGGUCCAAAGCCUUCCCUCAUUGUUCUAGCUAGACAGUUCUUCAUUGCAAUGUUUGUUUUGGAUACAUGGCAAUAUUUUAUGCAUAGGUACAUGCACCAUAACAAAUUUUUGUAUCGACAUAUCCAUUCCCAGCAUCAUCGGCUUGUUGUCCCUUAUGCAUUUGGAGCUCUGUACAACCACCCCUUGGAGGGGCUUCUCCUUGACACCAUCGGUGGGGCAUUAUCUUUCCUCCUCUCUGGUAUGUCUCCCCGAGCCUCCAUAUUUUUCUUCUCUUUUGCCACCAUCAAGACUGUAGAUGAUCAUUGUGGACUGUGGCUUCCUGGUAACCUUUUCCAUCUGUUCUUUCGAAACAAUUCUGCUUAUCAUGAUAUCCACCAUCAACUCUAUGGCAGCAAAUACAACUUCUCACAGCCAUUCUUUGUUAUGUGGGAUAAAAUUCUUGGAACUUAUAUGCCUUAUUCACUAGAGAAGAGAGCAGGUGGGGGCCUUGAAGCACGACCUACUAAAGAAUUCAAAGACAACUAAUUACAAUAUGGAUAUCGAUUAUUGGUACAUAAUGAUAUCAGAGUAUCAGAACUCUUCCUCGGUGUGCCACAUACUUAUGUUCUUUGUAUGUAUAUAUGUUGUACUCCUACUUUUUUGUUUUUUACUAUAUGAUUAUUUUUUUUUUUGGCUGAAUAAUGGAAUUGAUUAACCAUGUACCAUGAUAACACUAUGUUCCUUUUGGGUGGAUGGAUUUAGGAUUUAUGAGCUUUGCCAGCAAUUUCAGGA